AUGAGAAGCAAUGCAAAUGGAUCUUGGAUGUGGGGAAAGAUUCUGAAGCUUAGAGAACUUGACAGGUCCUAUCUUAAGAUGGAAGUAAAUAAUGGAAAGCACACGUCGUUUUGGUAUGAUUCUUGGUCUCAUUUGGGUUAUCUAAAAGGACGGUUGGGAGACAGAGGAACGAUUGAUCUCAGAAUAAAGGAGAAUGCGUUAGUAGCGGAUGUAUUGAGUAAUCAUCGUAGUAGAAGGAACAGGCUGGUGAUUUUUAAUGAGAUAGAAGAUGAGAUUAACAAGAUGAGAGCUAAUAUCAGUCAAGAUGAUGAUAUACCGCUUUGGAGGCAAAAAGAUGAUAGAUUUGCUAAUCAGUUUUCCACGAAGAAGACUUGGUUGUAUAUGCGUCAGUCUCAACCAAAUUGUAAUUGGAGCAAGGGCGUGUGGUUUUCUCAAUGCACUCCGAAAUACACGUUCAUAGCAUGGGUAGCCAUUAGAAAUAGAUUGCAAACCUAUGACAAGAUGCAACUAUGGAAUGCUACAAUAGAUACAGUAUGUGUGCUGUGUCAAGAAGAGCGGGAGAUUUGUCAGCAUUUGUUUUUCAGAUGUCGAUUCUCUGCAAAAAUCUGGGAAACUCUGGUUGGUGGAAUCAUGAAAGAGGCUUUCACUACUGACUGGAAUGUGAUUCUGGAGCUGAUAGCUAAUCCUAGAGGCACAUUGACAGAAGGUUUUCUUCUCCGGUAUACAUUUCAAACGCUGAUCCAUAGCAUUUGGAGAGAGCGUAACGGCCGUAAGCAUGGUGAACAACCAAAGGAUGAGACAGUUAUGAUCAGAUGUGUUGAUAGAACAAUUCGAUUGAAAUUACUAGCAGUAAAGGGGAAAGGGAAGAAGUGCUUUGAAGAAAGUUUGAGAAUAUGGUUUGGAACAAGAGCACAAAGCUCUGUUCAGUCUGAAGUUUAA